AUCUUACACCUUAUGUUCUUUUUCUCUUUAGCAAGUGCUUCAAACCAUUGCAGGGCAUGGAUGGAAGUCAUAUUCUGGUAAACCUGCUCAAAACUUACAUGUGGGCAAACCUGGAGCUGGCUUUAGCUUUGAACUUACUGAUGAACAGAAAGAGUUUCAAGCUACUGCUCGUAAAUUUGCUGUGGAAGAAAUUAUUCCUGUUGCUGCACAGUAUGACAGAACUGGAGAGUAUCCUUUUCCACUUAUAAAACGGGCUUGGGAACUUGGUCUUAUGAAUUCACACAUACCAGAAAGCUGUGGUGGCCUUGGCCUUGGCAGUUUCGAAGUAUGCCUUAUUACAGAAGAAUUAGCUUAUGGAUGUACAGGGGUUCAAACCGCCAUUGAAGCAAAUUCCCUAGGGCAAAUGCCAGUAAUCAUUGCAGGAAAUGAGCAUCAGCAGAAGAAAUACUUAGGAAGAAUGACAGAGGAACCAAUGAUGUGUGCCUACUGUGUAACAGAGCCUGGAGCAGGCUCUGAUGUGGCUGGGAUAAAAACAAAGGGUGGGAAGGAAGGGGGUGAAUAUGUUAUUAACGGUCAGAAGAUGUGGAUCACAAAUGGUGGGAAAGCAAACUGGUAUUUUUUGCUAGCUCGUAGCAAUCCAGAUCCAAAAGCUCCUGCAAGCAAAGCUUUUACUGGAUUCAUUGUGGAAGCAGAUAGCCCUGGCGUCCAAAUUGGAAGAAAGGAAAUUAAUAUGGGUCAACGCUGCUCAGAUACAAGAGGUAUUAUCUUUGAAGAUGUGAGAGUCCCAAAAGAAAAUGUAUUAAUAGCUGAGGGAGCGGGCUUUAAAAUCGCAAUGGGAGCUUUUGAUAAGACCAGACCACCCGUAGCAGCUGGUGCUGUUGGAUUAGCAAAAAGAGCACUUGAUGAAGCUACUAAAUACGCUUUGGAGAGAAAAACCUUUGGUAAAGCAAUUGUUGAACACCAAGCAGUGUCUUUCUUGCUUGCUGAAAUGGCAAUGAAAGUGGAACUUGCUAGGAUGGCUUACCAGAGAGCUGCAUGGGAAGUUGAUGCUGGUCACAGGAAUACCUACUAUGCUUCCAUUGCAAAGGCAUUUGCUGGUGACAUUGCAAACCAGGUAGCUACAGAUGCAGUACAGAUUUUCGGAGGAAAUGGAUUUAAUACUGAAUAUCCCGUAGAAAAACUAAUGAGAGAUGCUAAAAUCUACCAGAUUUAUGAGGGAACCGCUCAGAUUCAAAGGAUGAUCAUAGCUCGUGAACAUGUUGGCAAAUUUAAGGCUUAA